AUGGCCUCUCCAGUCUCGUCCUCCCAAACAACGCCUUCGUUCAAUUCCGUACCCAGUAACUUGGCCGAACUGCGUACCUUCUUCUCCGACCCUCCUAUCCCACCGAAAACUCGAGUACCAGCACGUGCUUUCGCCAUAGGCUACUCUGCCAAUGUCGUUCUGCAUGGUCUACUUCCACUCGCACUACGCAAGGAACCAGCACGAAAAACUUUGAAGGCGUUCAUCUCGAUCAAGUCUCUCCGAUCAGGUGCUGUCCUAGCUCUGUUCUCUGCGCUCUAUCGCGUCCUCCUCACCCACUUGACCAGGGUGAGGCUGAACCUGCUCUCAAAGUCAUGGAAGCAGAACGACCUGGACUAUACCUUGACGCGGGAUCGGGUCAAAGCUAGACUUGCCAAAAUCCUCAACUCAGCCGCUCUAGUCCCCUUUACCGCCUCCCUCGCAGCUUCAGCCGUACUCGCUGCAUUCCCCAUCCCCUCCCUCCGCCGAUCCAUGGCGUUGUGGUUGAGCACAAAAGCAAUCGAAAACCUCUACGUUCACCUUCGUCAAGUCAAAUCCCGAUCGGUAGCUUGGGUACCAGACUGGAUCGGGGGAGCUUUCUUUUACGCCCUUGCCAACGGUCAACUUCUUUGGACUUUCCUUUUCGAACCUUCCUGUUUCCCUGAUUCGUAUGGAAGGGUGAUUUUGGCUAGAAGCACAUCUUACAUACCUCCACGACCAGACGGUUUACCUUCCUCGAUCCCCUGGCCUGCACCGAGAGAUAUUGCGGAUGCUAUCGCAACACUUUCCACUCCCACGGCGACUUCGGCUGCUUACCCCGCGUUUAAAGCUCCAGUUCUGUCCGCGUUGUCACCUUCGAAAUAUCCUACCACGAAGUAUCCGCUGAUCAAUCCCGUGUUGGAUUACGGACCUGCACAUCCAGCACACUCUCGUUUGCUCUGUGCGCUUUUACACCCCACCGAGCCUUCCUGCUCGAAGAACUUUUUAGGCUUCUUCGCGAGGGAAUGGCAAGCAUCAGCCAAAUUCGUUGCUAUAUUCACCGCUCUAACCCAGCUCAUCUCCUACAAAAAAGUAUCGAAAGAUCCAGAAACAGCGCUGUUUAAAUUCGCACUAGCGGUGGUACAGGGAGCAACGGUAAUCUCGGGCAGUAUCGGUACUGCUUGGGGGCUCACUUGCUUUUUCCAACGCUACCUUCCACGAACGGUGUUGCCGACCAAGAGGUACUUCCUAAACGGAUUCCUCAGCAGUGUAUUCAUCCUCGCUGUACCGAAGGCAAGAAGAGCACAACUGGGAAGCUACGUUACAAGGCAAAGUCUAGAUGCAGGGUUUGGAGUCGCAAAGAGCAGAGGUUGGUGGAAACCUAUCCCACAAGAAGAUACGAUGUUGCUAGCUUUUGGAUUGGCAACGUUGACGGCGUUGUACGAGACCAGACCGAAGGCUGUGGAGAGUUCGAUUAGGAAAUCUAUCUGGUUGUUGUUUGGGAACUCGGCGACGGUGGAUUUGGAGAAACAGGCUCAGUUGAACUGGACUCCUCCUAGUGAAUUGGUGGAGGAGAAGAAGACUCAGUAA